UACUGCUCAUAGUGGGACACAUGCUGUUGUGUGUCUCAUGCACUAGCACGGAUCUUCUAACAUAUUAAAGCAAAUCUGAACUGGGACUCAGGGACAUCAUGAAUAAAAGCCAGGAGUCAUGCAAACCUGCCUCUCUGAGCUUCACCAUCGACAGUAUCUUAAAGCUCAAGUGCAGUAGAGCAGAGUCCAACAAACCUAAAGCCAUAUUUGCCAGGUCCAUAGCAGCCAGUAGAGAUGUCCUCGACCAAAGAGAGGAGGAUGAAUGUGAAGACACAGAAUCAGAAAAUGAAGGAAGGAACCGGUUUUCAGCACACGCCAACAGAAGCUGCCUCCUGACCACUUCACAAGGCCUCACCUAUUGCAUUGAUCAGACCCCAAAGCACAGAGACCUGCACUGCAGACCAGAAAGCCCUGGCAGUUCAGAUGAUGAACCUUCCCCAUCCCCAGAUAAAAUUAGCAAGAAAAACAAGAUAUUGACAAAGAAGAAGACACGCACAAUAUUUUCCAAGACUCAGAUCUUCCAGUUGGAGUCCACCUUUGACAUGAAACGUUAUCUCAGCAGUGCUGAGAGGGCUUGUCUGGCAAAUUCUUUGCAGCUAACUGAGACCCAGGUGAAAAUCUGGUUUCAGAACAGAAGGAAUAAACUAAAAAGACAAAUGACAGCUGAACUGGAAGGAGUUGUACCAGCAGAUCAACCUGUAGAUAUGACACAGGCUGUAUCGCUCCCAGUCAUUUAUAAAGACAAUAGUAUUUUAAACAGAUGUGUUCUUCCAAUGUCUUAUCCUCUACUUUAUCCUGGGAGUGCCAUUCCUUACCUGUGCUUUCCAAACCCAGGCAAAUAUUACAGCUUAGCUGAUGGAGAUGUAUAGACUUAAUAAAUAACACAAUCAUGUAACAACUGCUUAUUUGCAGUUCAAGACUGUUGAAUUAUUUCUCUCUGCUUAUAGCAUGUACAUUUAUUUUUGUACUAUCUCUUUCUACAAAUCACAAAUGAAUUAUUGUACUUCCUAUGCAAAAUAUUUUAAAAAGGGAUUUUUUUGCACUCUUAAAUACUUGUUUUUAUCAGUCACUGCAUACUUACGUAUCAAAUUCACAGCCUCUUUUUUUUUCUGAAUAUUGAAAUAAUGAAUUACUAUUCAAAUUAGGUCAGCAAUUUUACAAUACAAAAUAUUUUUGUAUCUCAAUAUUUUCCCACAUAAAUGAUAUGGGAUUUUCUUUUACAUUUAUAAACAUAGAAAAUUAGAUGUAUAUGAUAUUUGUUUACUUAAUUUAUUACGAUAACCAUUAUUGUAUCAUCAACUAUAAUAGUGUAAUGACCUUUUAAGAACCAAAGAAAACAUGUGCUCUCUAAUUUUCUGUUGUGCAAAAGAUUUAUUUUUCAAGGAGUGGAACAGAAAAUGUAGAAAUUUGCACAAAAUGUAUAAUUUCUUUAUUUCUAAACUACCUAUCAUUGUAUACCAUUGUAUAUAAUAAAUAUUAUUAAUAACGUAUUUUCUUUUGAAACCAAUCCCAUAAAAUAAAAUUCGCUGGAUAUUUUAA